CAUUUCCUUCUUUUCUAAAUAAAUAAAUAAAUCAAUCAAUCAAUCAAUCAAUCAAUAUGGAACACCAGAAAAUGAAUCAUGAGGCAAGAAAUAAAAAAAAUAUAUCUACCAGAUCGAUGGAAGCGUUGACCGAGCAUAUAUAUAGGUCUUUUCAUUCAAGCAAAUAGUAAUGAACUCAACCAUGGCUGCACGGUGUUUUGUAGUGCUGGUUUUUGUUUCUUUUCUGGUUAUGUCUGUGUCAGCCAUACCAUCAAAGAGGAGGAGAGGUACAAUCAAACAACUCAACCGCAAAGGGCCUUAUAUUGGUCUCAUAACUGUGUAUUCACCAGAAGAAGAGGCAUUUUUCAGAUCUGGGGCGUUUAAGCCAGAUGCUAAACACCCUUUUGUGGAUCUCUCAGGCAGUAAUUAUGAUGUUGAAGGGCGAAGGUAUCGAGUGGGAAAAAUCAAUGGGAAGAAAGUCGUUUUCGUGAGAUGUGGGGUUGGAAUGACAAACGCUGCUGCGGUAACACAACAAAUGCUGGAUCUGUUUGACGUAACUGGGAUUGUUCAUUUUGGAAUUUCUGGCAAUGUGAAUGAUUCUAUGUCGAUUGGGGAUGUUACCAUUCCCAAACAAUUUGCUCACACUGGCCUUUGGAACUGGCUGAACCCGAAUGGAACUAUGGACCCGGCCGAUGUGGCUUACUUGGAGGUUGGAAGCUACAAUGUACCUGAAGGUGAUGGCGUGAAUCUGCUGGGGCAGAUUGGAUACAGCACUGAGCAGCUCUUUUCUGUGUCAAGGGAGCCUAACACUGCUGUUUCAUUGUGGUGGAUGGAAGUAAGUCAGCAAUGGCUUCAACUUGCUAGGAGCCUUGAGGUUAGACAUUCAAAUCCAGCCCCUCAGUUUUCACCAUCUGCUAAUUUUACUUUCUUGAAAGUCACUAUUAAGGAAAUUUGCUGGCUGCUCUUUGAUGCUUCUUUCACAAUUUCCUACAGAAGCCUCUUCUGUAGUAGAUUACACUUGCAAUUUAUAACUCUUCAGGGGAUGGAACUGGAGAAGUGUGUUAAUUCAAGCUUGUGCCUUCCAGAGAAGCCUAAGCUAGUUGUUGGGCUCAAGGGCGCGACGUCCAACAUCUUUUUGGACAAUGCAGCUUACAGAGAUUUCCUCUUUCAAACUUUUGAGGUUUCAUCAUCAGACAUGGAAAGUUCUGCUGUAGUAAUGACAUGCUUGUCAAAUGGCUUUCCUGUGAUUGUCAUCCGAGGGCUGUCAGAUUUAGCUGGAGCAGAAUCAGGAGACAAUGCAAUCCACACAUUUGGUUCACUCGCAGCCCUCAAUGCUGCUAAAGCUGUUCUUGAAUUUAUCAGCAAGCUACCAGGAUACAACUCUCCAUUGCAGCAUUACAUGUAGUUUCUCAUUAAUGUGUCAUCAUACCAUGAAAUUAGAGUUUUAACAACUAAUAGACAAAGCAGACAUCUUUAGGGGUUCUUCAGCAGCAGGAACAAACUUCAUCUGGGACACAUUCUACAAGCCCAGAUUUUUAUAUCAAUCAAUGAUUCGAAAAUGGAAGAAGUAAUUUGCUUGCAACAA